GCCAAAAACUUACCACUUCCACACGCAUAGGGAGGAUAACUAUUAACAGUUAUUUAACCUUUAACAUGAACAUGAAUCAAACGUAAUCAUUUUUUCUGGGUACAUGAUACCAUACAGCAUCCAUAUCAAACUAACGUUAAACUUUCAUAUCAAGGCGGGGGCCUCAAACUAGUGUCCUGCGGGCCACAUUUGGCCCGCGGGCCGCGUGUUUGAGACCCUGCAGAUUUGAGAAUCUGCGAAUCUGAGAAUUUGUGCUUCCCGCCAAAACGGUCUGUUUUAGUAUUUUCACCCAUGACCCGCCUCCAGGCACACCCACUGCUCUCUGAUUGGUCACAUGCUCCAAGUGCUUCCUGACUACAAAGGAACCCCACUGACUGAUAUGGUGGGUUUAGGAGUUUGGAUAAAGGAAUCCUCUGAAUCCCAGCGUUUUGAGUCAUCCCAAACUUCUUUCAGGGCUGACCCUGACCUUCAGACGUGCAAACCUGCUGAUCUUCGACCUUGGUUGAACACCAGGAUCCGACAUUCCAACUGCAUUUCUCGCUCAGGAACGUGGAAAAGCAUAACGGGUCUCCGAGCAGUUGUUUGUUUUUAACUUUGUUGCCCAAAAUGAACCAAACCAUGAAUUUAAAACCGCCGUGCGUGCCCAACCGUGAUUAUGGCGAACCGAGUGCUGGCCCUUUAAAUGGGCCUUAGCGUGCAAGGAGCCAUCUAAUAGGCCGUGAACACCAACACACAAAUGGGAACAGGAGUAGAAAAGUAUGAAGUUACCUUCUCUUCAUUCCAUCAUGCUCUCUUUUCCUUCACCUUCUUUUACAUUGUGUGUGUGUGUGUGUGUGUGUGUGUGUGUGUGUGUAUGUGUGUGUAGGGUGUUGUCCAGAUUGUCUUUCUCUCUCUCCCUGUGUUAUGUAACCACGUCUCUUCCUGAGAACGAGCUGCUGCCACCACUUCUUCUUCUUCUUCUUCUUCUCGGUCUUCGCUGCCUUCGGCCCGCCCACUGGGGCAGCGUCCACCAAUGAGGCGGCCGAUGGUUUUCCCGGCAGCCAGUUGGAGUCAGAGAUCCGUGUUUUGACAGGGAGCUGGAAUGCAAGGGAGGCGGAGUCUUUCCAGGAAGUGCACGGCAAUAGAAGACGGAUCCGGGAGUCUUGUUGCUCGGGUCCCUGUAAAAAUACUUCCUAGGUAGACGAUCAGGUUCUUUGUUCCCCGGCAGAGGUCAUGUGACGCAGAAUGGCGUUUAUGGCCUGAAAUAUCCCAAAUGGAGGUUCAGGAGAAGAGCUGAUCUCCGGCGUUUGAAGGCAGGACGUGUCCCGACUUGCCGUCUGCACUCUGGCAGCACAAUUCCUGGCAUUUGAAGGCAGGAGCAGAAGGAGCAGAAGGAGCAGAAAAUGAAAGAGUGUUCUCUCAAAGACUCAUCCAGGGAAAGACAGUUGAGUGAAUUUCUCCAUGAAUGUACGUCACAAUGAUGAUGACAGACCAGAUUCCACUGGACUUGGCUCCGCCCCCUCUCCUGAACGGGGAGGUCCCUCUCAUGCCUCACAUGGUUAACGGUGACGCAGCGCAGCAGGUGAUCCUGGUGCAGGUCAACCCGGGGGAGACGUUCACCAUCCGAGCCGAGGACGGAUCGCUGCAAUGCAUCCAGGGUCCCGCCGAGGUCCCCAUGAUGUCCCCCAAUGGGUCCAUCCCCCCCAUCCACGUGCCCCCAGGAUACAUCUCUCAGGUGUUGGAAGAUACCACCGGGGUCCGUCGGGUGGUGGUGACCCCCCAGUCCCCCGAGUGCUACCCUCCCUCUUACUCGCCCGCUUUGUCGCCCACGCACCACCUGCCCCCCUACCUGGCCCACCCUCACUUCAUUCCCAACUCCCACUCUUUCUACCCGCCCGUCAGCCCGGGAGAGCUGCCCCACCACCAGUACUACCAGCACCACCUGCCCCCCAUGUACGGGGACCCAGAAAUCAUCCCGGUCUACGGCAUGUCCAACUUCAUCCGGGAGGAGACGUACACCAAACCCCAGCCCAAGAAGAUCAAGGAGCAGAGACAACUGGAGCGACAGAACCGACUCAACUCGCCGCCGUCGAUGCUGUACAAGGGCAGCCUGGGACCAGCCCACAACGGCUACAGCAAAUCGCACGCCCCGUCGCUCGGGUCAGUGGGGUCCGGGGGCGGAGUCGGCAGUCCGGGUGGGAAGAAACCAGAGAGGCGGCUCCGGAGCAGUCCACGGAACGGUGAAGCGGAGGUGCACACACAAGAUCAUGAUUCAGAGGGGAAACGUGUUCAAGAUAUGUUGUCUACAAUCGACAAACCACAGGUAUCUAAUGUUCAGGCCCGAGCCGCACGCUUGUCUUGGGCGCCCCCCGCAGGCCUGGCGAGCCGACACAGCAAUGGCAUGCCGGUGUCCUGCUCCUACGAGGUGUCUCUCUCGGAUAAAGGGCGUGACGGGAAGUACCGCCUUAUUUACAGUGGUGAAGAACUGGAGUAUCAUCUCAAAGAUUUAAGGCCAGCGACGGACUACCACGUACGGGUGUCUGCAAUGUACAACUCGGUCCGCGGCUCGUGCUCCGAGGCGGGAUCCUUCACCACGCACUGCAGCGUUCCCGACGUCCCGCUCGCCCCCAAACCUUCCCAACGCACCAAAAGCACCCUCACUUUACAGUGGAAGCCGCCAGGCGACAACGGAUCCAAAAUCACAAACUACCUGCUGGAGUGGGAUGAGGGCAAGAAGAACAGUGUUUUCCGGGAAUGUUACUUUGGAAGCCAGCGACACUGUAAGCUGACGCGACUCUUCCCCGCCUGCGGUUACACCUUCAGGGUGGCGGCACACAACGACAUCGGCACAAGUGGCUUCAGCACAGAGGUGGUCUGCUACACCAUGGGCACCUUGCCCGCCCUGCCUUUGGCGCCACGUCUGGUGCGGGCCGGGGUGUCCUGGGUGACCCUGGAGUGGGGGCGACCCGAGGGCAGCCCCGGCGAGGAGCAGCUCAAGUACACGCUGGAGAUCCUGGAGGACAACAGCGGAGCGGACUUUCACCCGAAGUACACUGGAGAAAACUUGACCUGUACUGUACAAGGCCUGAAGAGGAGCACGCAGUAUAAAUUCAGGCUGAUUGCGUCAAACAUGGAAGGCAAGAGCAGUCCCAGCGAGGUUCUGGUCUGCACCACCAAUCCAGAGAAGCCGGGACCGCCGUCCACGCCCUGCGUCGUAGCGUCCACGCCCUACGCCCUCACGGUCACAUGGGAUCCCCCCCAGGAUAACGGCGGCUCAGAAGCGCUCACCUAUUUGCUGGAGAUCUGCGAGGGAUGUUCGGAAGCAAGCCCAUGGGAGGUGGCAUACAGCGGUCCAUCAACAGAGUGCGUGUGCGAGCGCUUAGCUCCGAGCACCGUGUAUCACCUGCGGGUGUGCAGCAUCACCACCGGGGGGCACAGCCAGUGCACCGUCAGCGUGCCCGUCCGGACGCUAAGCGUGCCGCCGGGGCCCUGCCAGCCGCCGAGGAUUGUGGGUAAAGCCAAACACAAGGAGGUGCAGCUGGAGUGGGACUCUCCCGCGUCUGAGGCCGUGAGCGAGGCCUACGUGUUCAGCCUGGAGAUGAGCGAGGGUGACGCCGAGCCGGCCGAAGUGUUCCACGGGCCGGAGCUCCAAUGCACCGUGGGUAGCCUGCUCCCGGGGGCCACGUACAGCUUCAGACUGAGGGCCGCCAACGAGGCCGGGUUCGGCGAGUACUCUGAGCCCACUGAGGUGACCACCGCAGCGGGUCCUCCUGGCCAGUGUGGGGCACCACUCAUCACUCUGACCAGUAACACCUGCGUCUCGCUUAACUGGGAGAGUCCAGAGGGUUCGGGUAGCGACAUAUCCGAGUACCGCCUGGAGUGGGGGCGGGAAGACGAGCCCAUGGAGCUGAUCUACUGCGGAGCGGCCACGCAGUGUGAAGUGUCGGAUCUGACGCCCGCUACGGGCUACUGCUGCCGACUCCAGGCUGUCAAUCAAGCGGGGGCGGGGACUCACAGCGAGCAGGUCAGCUUCCAGACGCCGGCGACCAUCCCCGACUCCAUCUCCUCCCUCGUCCUCCUGGACCUCCCGGCCUCCUCGGAGUUGGGCCAGUCGCGGUCCACCUGUCUCUUCCUGAAGUGGGAGGAGCCAAACUGCAACGGGGCGGAGAUCUCCUCUUACAUCAUCUCUCUGGAUGAGAGGACCAUCACGAUGGAGCCCACCACCAGUUACCUCGUCAGCGGGCUGCAGCCAGACAGCGAGUACAGCGUACAGAUCCAGGCGGUGAACGCCAUCGGCUGUGGCCCCUCCAGUCCGGUCCUGCUGGCGAGGACGCACCCCUUGCCCCCGCCCCCGCCCCCUCUGGAGUGCUCGGCCGCCGGGCCGCAGAGCCUGAAGCUGAAGUGGGGGGAAAACGCCAGCAACACCCGCUCCCUGCUGGCCGACGACGUGUACUACACGCUGCAGAUGGAGGACAAGAACCACAGGUUCGUGACCAUCUACCGCGGGCCGAGCCACACCUACAAGGUGCAGAGACUGAUGGAGUCCAGCAGCUACACGUUCAGAAUACAGGCCAUCAGCGACGCCGGCGACGGCCCCUUCUCUGACAGCCACACCUUCUGCACCAGCAAGUCUGUGCCCCCCGCCCUCAAAGCUCCCAGAGUGCACCAGCUGGAGGGGAACGUGUGCGAGAUCACGUGGGAGACCAUCCCGCCAAUGAGAGGCGAUCCUGUCAGCUAUGUGCUCCAGGUGCUGGUGGGACGUGAGUCGGAAUACAAGCAGGUGUUCAAGGGCGAGGAGGGCGCCUUCCAGAUUUCGGGCCUCCAGGUCAACACGGACUACCGCUUCCGCGUGGGCGCCUGCCGCCGCUGCCAGGACUCGUGCCAGGAACUGUGCGGCCCGCUCAGCCCCUCCUCGCUGUUCACGCUGCGGCGCCAGGAGGCGGUGACGUCGGGCGAGCCGUGCGCCGCCGACGCCGGCAAGGCCUCGGGCCUGAUGUCAAGUGACGAGCGCUUUGCGGCGCUCAUCGUGUGCGUCUUCGCCGGCUUGUCCAUCCUCAUCGCCUGCUUGCUGCAGUACUUCUUCAUGAAGUGAGGGAAUCUUUUUUUUUUUUGCUACAGGAUAGAAAGAGAAAUCCAAGAGAAUUUUUGUUUGUUUGAAAGAAAUCACGUUGGAUGAAUUGAAACACUUGAGACGCUCUUGUAAGGCUUUUGUGUCGUCGGCUUCCUCGCGUUGUCGCCCCGUUUGUUCUCCUCAAAGCCUCGUUAGAAACCGAAAAUCAAGCCUUAAACCGCCAGCAGUUCCUCAGACUGACUUGCAUGGUAUUGUUUUUAUAUCAAAAAUACUCAACUUCCUGGUUCGUUGCCUUGAUUACUUUUGCUUAGUUUUUGGCUUGUUUGCUGCCGUCUCCAUCCACUCGGCCAUAUUCUCAUGUCGGCUCAGUCGAAGCUUUAGCUGUGCAUGCCGCAUUUUUCUACACACGCCGACGACGUCAGCGCUCCGCCUCUUAACGCCCGCUCCAUCGCCAAAGUGAUGCAAUCCAUGUGUGAUGUAAGAUGCUGCUAUCCUGUGAUGACUUUUUUUCUUACGGUUAUUUUAUCGCUCUAACUGCAGAAAGAAUGGACAACCAGUUAUCUAAUAUAAAUAUAUAUAUAUAUAUAUAAAAUAUAUAUAUGUACAUCAUAUUUUCAUCAAAUAGCUAUGGAAGUGAUGUUAGGCGGUGGACAGUCCCAAGCGAGCCUCACACAACCGGUGCCGGACUUUUGCAGACGCUACCAGUCGGGGCAUUAAACUGGACCCUCCUCUUGUCGGCUUCUGUGAAUGUGUAUAUUUAAAGCCCCCACCCCACCCCCCCCUCCCCCCUCGCUGCGCUCCCUCAUUUAAAAGGUGCUUUACGGAUAAGUCAUCAGAGGCUAACAUUCACUAACCAAAUCAGCCUUUCCACAAGACGCAGGGCAUUGUAACAACCCCUCCCCCCUUCCCCACGCCCUUCUUCUUCCUACGUCCCUCAAAGCCAAGGUACACCCCAACCGACCCCCACCGCACCCAUCCAAAGAGGUCGCCCUGACCCGUAUGAAAUAGAGUCUUUGAGGCCUGUAACGUACCUCAGGGAAAAGGCCUUCAAAGAAGAGGGGGCGGGGGGUAGGAGACGGACCGCCCUCUUUCCCCGCGUCCGCCGUGUCCGCCGCCGCCCACCCUCCUCGUCUUCCGCUUUUGCGUCGUGUCCGCCGUGCCUUUUUGCGAGUAGCUCACUUUUUUUUCUUUUCUUUUUUUUUGCCAAAGUCGAUGGGAAAAUGACAGUUACUUUGUAGGGUUUUUUUUUUUUUUUUAUUUAUACUAUAUAUUUGCAUACAGUACUUUACAUGCCAAUUACAGUGCAAUCUUCAUUUAUUUAUUGUUUAAAAGAUUAAGAGACAAGUGUAGUUAUAUACUAAUUUUCUUUGUAGCAUGUUUUCUUUUUCAAUGGAUGUAUGUUAGAUUGAAUGAUUUAAGGCCAGCAUUCCUUAUCUCGGUAACCCUUUAAAGCAUUUCUCUUACAGUCGUUGGGAUCCUACAGUCGAUACGUUAUAAACAUGUAACCAAAUACAUAUGUACUGUUUUUUUCUUUUAUUUUCAUCUCUUUGUUUGGGCCACGCUCAGCUCAGCCAAGUAGUGAUACCUAGGAAAGACAUGUAGCAAGAAAUGUCCCUGUAACUUUGUCCUCUUUUUUUACCUUUAUUUUGUGUCAUAAUGAAGCUUCUGAUGUUUUAUUUUAGCCAAAGUGCAGGCUUCACUCGAUGUUUUGACCAAGGGUUCUGUGAUAUUCUUCUGUAACACGACAGCAUUAUUAUUAUUAUGAUUAUUUUUUAUUAUUAUUGUUACUAUUACUCUCUGAAAAUGACAAAAAAAAUAACUUGAUCUGUGAUUAUGCUUUUUUUUCAUGUUUUUUUGUAAAGCAAUAUGUGCCAUUUUCCAAACGUUUCGCCCCCUAGAGGAGAGGAGGAGUUAUGGUGUCGUACGGAAAGCUGACGUCAUACUGAAGAAAAAAGGCUCCAAACAAUCAGAAUGGCGGACUAUGGGUUUCAUUAACACGUUUAUUGACGAGUUCUUGUUUGGGCUAGUGCUGGCGUAGUAUAGAGAGUGGUUCUUGUAUCCAGUCAUUCUUUUAAUUUUUAUUUUUGCUAAGAGAUGAUAUACAGAUAUAUCUAUAGAGCUAUAGGUGAGUACAUUAUAACUAACCGAGUUGAAGCACUUUUAUAUUGUCGAGCAUUAGCUAGCUAGCAGUCUUGAUAGGAAGGGUGUAAGCCAGCAAGCUAGCAGUCAUUGAUGGAGGGCGUGUUAGCCUGCGAAAAACGAGCGAGAUAGAGAAAUUCUGCGGUUGUCCGGCCCGUUUCUGAUCCAAACACUACUGCCAGUCUGUUACAUUCGUCGCUCGGUGUUAUUUUUGUAAUAUUAAUUUUUGCAGCGUCACGGCACAGCGCAUGUAAACGAUAACACGGAAGUACAGUUCGUCGGAGAGGCGGGACUACGCAUGUGCGCUCCACCCCUCGGCCUGUUGCAUUGUGACGUGACAGGCAGUGAAGUGUCCCGUUAAUUUGUUAAACAUGGGCAGGGUACUUCCUUUUUUAUGUGUUCUUUUUUAUAUUGUUCUAUUAUUGUUGACUCGACUCCCCUACCCAUCCAACAUUAGACAUUUAUGGGUCCAUGCAGCAACACCCUCACAUCAGUGCCUUCUGAUUUGAUUUGUUUUUCUCUUUCCUUUGUUUUUGUUAAGCUUUGUACCUUUUUUUUUUACAGCGAGUAGAGUUUUUUUUUCGACUGAGCGAUUGGCCACCAUGUGACACACACACAGGUAUUUCACUAUUUUUUUAAAGCGAAAAAUGUAUUUUUACCUCACGAUUUUAAGAAGCGAACAUUCCAAGGUUGUCAUGGUCUACAAAUUUGAAAAGAAUUUGAAGAAAACAAGAAAUUCCUACAUUUCUUCUUCUUGUAUUGUAAAUGUUAGACAAUUUCAUAAGCAUUAUAUAAAAGAAACUGCCAUAUCAAUGUUAAUGUAUAGAUUUUUUUUGCAAAUACUACCCUAUGUAUGUAAGACGUAACUGUAUCGGUAGCGUAUAUAUAAUAUAUUUAUGCUCAAUAAAUGUUUAAUUUUUUUCUGA